UGGAUAUGGUCAACUAUAACGAGUCUGAUUACUAUCCGACUAUUCCAGCAAUGGAAUUCUACCAAAACGUCAUUCUGAAAGUGCCUGAUGGAGGCUUCUCGUGGUUACAGAGCCUGGUCGUCCUCCUGGUGUGGAUUAUCAUCUUCUUCGCUCUCUUCAGCGGGGUCAAGGUCCUCGGGAAGGUGAUGUGGGUUACCGCAGGGACUUCACUUGUGUUACUAUUUGUGAUGUUCAUCCGUGGCGUCACUCUGCCGUGGGCGUGGGAGGGUCUUCAAUGCCUGAUCUUCUUUGAUGGCUACAGUCUGCUAGACCAUGAUACGUGGAGCUCCGCAUCCGCCCAUAUCCUAUACACAUACUCGUUUGGCUUCGGGAUAUACACGACGCUGGGAUCCUCUAGCAAGUUCCGCCACAGUGUUGUAAGAGAUGCCUUGGCGGUGACUGCGGCUUCCGUUCUCAUUGACUUAUUCUCGGCAAUAACAGUCUGGUCCAUUUUUGGAUUUCUGAUGCAUCAAACGGGGAUGCCACCGUACGAGGCAGCAAGUUCAGGCGGCGGUUACCUGUCCUACGGAACUCUACCCCAAGCGUUCUCUAUGAUGUCUCAGCCUGUGCUCUGGUCGUCCUUGUUCUCUCUGGCCAUGUCUCUCCUCGCUAUAUCCAUGGUUAUCGUGUACGUCCAUGUGUUUGUGGAACUCCUCUCGACUGGCCUCCGUCGGUGGUGCCAAAGGAGGUGGCUGUUAGUUCUUGCAGUGUGCAUCCUUGGCUUCCUCUUCUCCCUUGUGUAUUGCUCUUCGGUCGGAGAAAGUUUGUUGAGGUUUGUUGACGGUUUCGCUGCCAUUAUCACGCCUCUCGUAGUCUGCGGCCUUGAGGUCAUCAUCUUUGUUUACAUUUAUGGUGCGGGCCGUCUAGCGAGGGAUGUGGAGAUGCUGAGCAACAGUUUUAUGUCCUAUUACUGUUACUUCACCUGGAUUGCGAUUUUGCCUCUGAUCCUGCUGCUGAUUUUGGGAAACCAGCUGCUCAUUUUGAUUAGAGUAAGCCAAUUCUUCGACUUCCAAGCAGGAGUGUAUUUGCUUGCCAUCUCGUCGACGCUGGCCAUCCCUGUCUACAGUCUCUUCUACGUCUUCCGUAACGAUUGUUGCAAGAAAUUUCAGUGGAAGGCGACGCAGUGGGGACCAAAAGCGCCAAGCGACAGGGCAGCUUGGGAGCGCUUCUGCAAUGAGCAUCCUUUGCGCCGCAGCCUCGUCCAUCGAAGGUUCUAGAAGAUGACCCUCACCCGUUGAAAAUUCGAGAAGCUGAUCCUUGUCCGUAAAACCUUCUGGAAGACAGGGCUCGUGUCCCGAAAUUUCUAAAGGGUGAGCCCACUCAUGUCAAAAAUGAAAAUUAUAAAUAAAUAUUAAUAAAUGACACCGUGUA